AUGUCGCUCUCGCUGACGCUGGGCAUGUGCGCCAUCACCCACUUCGUCUGCCCAUGCGCCUCCGGGGGGGGAGUUCCAGAAAUGAAGGCGGUGCUGUCGGGGUCCAGCCGGCCGGGUCUCCUUUCCGCCCAGCUCGUGCUCGUGAAGAUGGCCGGGGUGAUCACCGCUAACGCUGCGGGUCUCUCCGUCGGUAAGGAAGGGCCUCUCAUCCACAUCACGUGCGCCAUGGCCGACAUCCUCAUGUCCACGCCGUGGUUCAAGAAGGUGCGGCUGAACAACAAGCAGAGGCUGGGAAUCCUGGCCUGCGCGUGCGCUGCGGGGUACGUCUCUUGGUUGAUUUCAUUCACCGUGCCCAGUUUUCGCGUUUCGCUACUGGUGGCCGCGACGUUCGGUUCGGUGUUCGGCGGCACCCUCUUCAGCGUGGAGGUCACGGCCACGGCCUACAUGGUCGACACGCUCCCGGCGACCUUCCUUUGCGCCGUGGUGGUGGCGGUCGUCUUCUGGGUGUCCGGACAGGGCGAGCUCUUCGCCCUCAUCAGCGACAACACGGCGCAGGCUCACCUGGUCCGGUGAUAACCCGGCGUGCUCCGUCCCGGCUUUGUAGGGAUGCGAGGUCAAUGGU